UAUUGGGGGAGGUAGAACAUGUUUUACAGUAAGUUUAAGGUUGUUAUCACCAAUUUAGCUCUGAUAGGCCUUUGGCAAUCCAAGCUUUUGGGUUCGUACUCAAGGCUACUUGGUUCGCUUCUUCCUACACAUCUAAAAUCAUUGGAUUGGUGGAGGCGUAGGCCUACUUUUAAGUAAUGCACUAUACGGAAUAUAUCAAUCAACUGGCUCACUACAUGGGGUACCGAAAUAAAUCCACAAGAGUGCGACACGAAAUCAGACUAGGUUUAUUUCUGUUUUGACCUGCUGAGUCGCAGUGCUUAGUGAAAUGAUUUCAUUGUGGGCCUAGCGGUAUCGAAAACGGUUGACGGGGAAAUUGUGAAAUCUGAUCUGAUUAAUAUAUUUCCCCCCCAAUAUUAAUGAGAGAAUGGGAAUGUGCAAUUAGCCCCUGAUGUCAUAAAGGUCUAACAUUCCAUGACGUGGUAUGUAGUUCUUAAUUAGUCAGUAGCUGCAAUAUUGUCCUCAGUAAACUCAACAUAAAUGAAAUCAACACAGGCAAGGACAAGCUUUUCGAGAUAAAAAAUACUGUAUGCUAUUAUGGAUGAAGAAAAGGUAGUACAGAGAGAUGAUGAUGAUCCCCAGAGGGAGGGGAGGGAGGUUGUUGAGGAAGAACCAGUGGCCCAGCGCAAGAAGGAGCCCAAGAAGACAGGGAAGGCGAAGAGGAAAAGUAGUGCCAAGAAGUCAGGGGAGCAGGGCAUCGAUACGGAUGCAGGAUUGAGGAAUAAACACCUGGACAGAGGAUCUGUUAUUGAGCUCUUGGAGAAGAAUGCUCUUAAGGCUGCAUUCGGCCCAGGCAACAAAGAUGAGAUGGAGGACUGCUACCCAAUCCUCAUCUCAUUCAUGCGCAAUCUUACUGAUGAGCAGUGGCAAGUGAUCUAUAAAGGAUUUAAAAAACCUAUGACAAAGGAACAGCUUGCAAAAUUGUGCAAGACCAUUGUCGACUUCAUUGCACAGACCACCCUGCAGAUCCUGCUGCCGGCCCUGGCCCGCAUUCUAGGGGUGACAGGUUUUUAUUACAACACUGACUCACUCAAGAGGGGCGGCAGUGCAAGAUCCUUCACUGCCUUUGAGCAGAAAAGACUGGACCUCAUCCAGGAAGUUAAAUAUUUGGCGAAGGAGAUGUGUAACUGUGGCAGCAGGGCUCUCCGACCAAGAUCUAGCACACCCUCUUCCAAGAGUUCCCAGACCUCAGUGAAAUUCCACCUGGGAAUGCCAGAGGACAGUAUCAUCAGCAGUGUCCAGGAGCAACUCUCUGACCAUGAGAUUUUGGCCUCUUGCCCACCUGAGCUGACCGUUGGUCUUAUCAAGGAGGUGCUUGAACAGCUCAACUUGGCCCUCUCUUUGACCAUCAGUAGAACCAUUUCAGGGCGGUCUUCCCCCAUUGCCUCUGGUACUCAGGCCGCUGAACAGAUGAUUAACAUGGUCCAGAAGUUUUUCUAUGAUCACACUGCUCCAGAGGACCAAUUAGAUGUUGAUUCCUACAUUCCAUCUGCAACAGAAGAGGUGAUCACUGUUAUUGCAGACAUGGUGGAUGAAUUGGAAGGAGAAGAUGCAGACUCGGUUAAGCUGCUUCAAGAAGUGGCUGUGAAAGUUAAAAUGUUGGCAUCUGGCAGUGACCUUGCAGUGGAGCAACUGGACGAUGAAGACUUUUCUUUCCCAAAGGAGCUGAACUUGUGUAUAUCUUGCAAGGCAUUGGUGAAAAACCUUGACAUUCUGUCAAGUGACAAGUUCAAGACCAAAGCCUCAAAGUCUGUGAGCGAGAUUCUAGUGAGAUGGUUCCCCAGGGGAACCUCUGGUUUGGUUCAACAUUCCCAUUCAUUUACUGCCACUCCCAGCUUGAUGAAUGUGUCUGACCCUGACACGAUCCAUCAUUCCGUGGCCACUGGUCUCAUACAGACCAAUAUGGAUUUCGAGGCGCCAAAUAUAAUUGAUAGCUUUGUUGAAGAUGUCAAAGGCAUUGUGACGCAAGCUGAAUUAGAUAAGCCACCAAGCACCCAGAGAGAUCCGCAAGUGGGACACUGUAUGUCAAAGCGAAAACCCUUUCACAUGUCUCGUAGACUCUGCGACAGGCUCCAGGCAAAGAUAAAAGAAUUAUUUCAAAGAACGGGUGGAGCUGCAUUCCAAAGGGAAGAACUUCUGGAGAAAGCUGACUCCCGUGCUGUGCUUCUGGAGCACACUGACUCCAGUGUUCUGCCUGGUUCAAUCCUGAACUCUUCUUCAGCAAGUAGGAGUGAAUCACUCAUAGCAGAAUGCAGUUCAUCUGCUGUUCCUGGCUCUGUAGAAGAGAAACCAUUUGAGACCAGAGCAGAUUGUACUCAUGGUCAGAACUCUCUUCUACUCAGUAAGAGUGAGGCCAUACUGCAAGAGGUCAACUCAACUGGGCGUGGUGCUCUCCACAAAUGCCAGAGUGCGAACUCCCAACCUUUACUGGUUCUCUGUGAUCCAAAUCUGGAGCCCUGCACCAAAGAGAUCUUAUCUCAGAUUGUGACUGUGUAUAGGUCCGAGAUGGCAGAUUUGGAAUCAACGUCCAGUGUUGUAGAGAGUUCCUCUUACAACUCCUUUGAAGUCUGUGACUUUUUGGAUGGUAUCAUGUCUUACCUAGAAGACAUGCCUGUGUCCAGUUCCUCAUCAUUGGAGGGAGUAAGUGUUACUCCAGCCUCAGUCAUUGAGCAGCUUUCAAGUGAAGUGUUUCAGAAGAAGGCAACCAACAAAGUCAGAAAAAUACUGAACAAAUCUGUCAAUCUCUUCCCCAGCGAAGUCGGUUCAAGUCAGACAGAUUCUCAGAUGUCGCCAGCCUUAUCCACCAUUUCCUCGAAGCAUACAGAUUCAGUUGCUUUUGAAAUUGUUGGAUCAAUUGCAAAUGAUAUGAAGAGCAUUUUCCUGCUCACAGAGUCUCCUACUAAUCUAUGGCAGGCAGACUCUAUGCUUCAACUGAGUGAUGAGAAAACCUCAGAAGCCACUAAGGCUGCAGCUGUAAGCUCCCAGACUGGUGUGGAAGUAUCUGAGAAGAAAAUAUGGAUAACUGCAAAGACUAUUUACCACAAUGUGAAGGCAAAGAUGAGGAAUUAUUUCUCAUUGCAAAGACAAGCCAAAGCAACGAAGGCUCAAGCCAAAAAGACCCUCAGCCAUAUUCUGCUUUCCAUUCAGAAAGAACUGUCAAAAUCUGACCAAAUGGUGGCUGCAGGACAGCUUUCACAAAUAGAUAAAGUGGUUGGAACUAUGCUGGAGAACAUUGAGAAGAUAAGCAGCGAAUGUGGCGAGGAAUUGGUCGAUCAAGAGUCACUGCGGUCUUCCUCCUCGUUGUCAUUCUCAACUGCCAAAUCACAGAAGACAGAGUGGGAAUUUGCACUCCCUGGCACUCCCAUUCCUUCUGAGUUACCCGAAAGUACUGCUCAGCCCAUUGUAAGAUGCUCAGUCAUCGACAUGAGCGAAUCUACUAAGCCAAAAACAUUGGUGUGUGAUGCCAGAACAAGCAUGUUUGCCAUAGCAGAUAGCAUCAUGAAGAAGGUAUAUCCAGAGGCUGAAGGGCAGGUUACAUCUCACCCUGAUCUAACAGAUGCAAUAGCUAGACUGGAGGAGCUCAUAUCUCAGGGUAGGAUUGGUGCUCUCUCCCGUGAUCUCAGUCACCAAGUCAACCACAUAAUUUCUGAUAGCAACUUGACCCCUCUGGUACUGACAGUGGCGGCUGGAAAGAGUGCAUCUGAUACCGUCCUUUCGAAGCUGAAGAGGAAUGACAAGGUGGGGAAGCCCACAACCUAUGAGCUGGUUCAGCUGUUUGUAGAGGAGUCUGUUAAGUGCCUCCUGCUUCCUAGUUUUGUGCCCUAUUUAACUUCAAUGAGUUUGGCUCAGGGGGCCAAGGUGUUGGCUAGAGUGUCUGAAGAUAGAAUUUCAUGCUCUUCUUCUUCAUCAGUAUUUAGUGACACAGUCAGUCUCUUUACCAAAGUUAUGGUAAGCCAGGUCAUGGACUCUGUGGUUUCAGAUGCACAAAGUAGAGGAUCCUCUCCAACUGAAUCUCUCCGAACAUCUGAAACCACUAUAUCUGAUGUAGGCAAUCUAUUGAGUGGCAAGUCCUCCCCUCGGCUGUCUCUUUCUGGCGUCAUUAUGGCAACAAGCGAGACCUCCAAUGCAGCACAAAUCUUUAAGGCCAACAUUGAUGGAGAGGAAGUGGAUACCACCAGUCAUUCUGGUGUAGCUCAAAACAUUGUCAGGGACGAUAUGUCAACCAGCCCAGACAUGGUCAAAGAUGUCCCACUUCGAACCCCAUCCUCUGAUAACUUGGGCAGUGAUGAUGACUUCACCGGCCUCAUCAGCAUGUUAGUGGUGAGAAUUCUAACAAAAAUCCAAACCCCAACAGAAGAUUACCCAGUUGACAUCACACGCAAGUCACAAGACCUGAUCCCCAAAGUUAUGGAUGUCUUCUGUGCAUGGUCAGGCUGCUCUGAGACACAAGCCUAUCCAGAGAACCUGAGGAUUCAUAAAGUCUACAGGGCCAUCUACAAAAAUCUGUUGGAGGAGUUUGGCUCAGAGAAAAUCCUCCAACAGGCCGUGUCGACUCAGGACUCUUCAUUUGAUAGGAUUCUUGUCAAGUCUUUGAGUGAAGAGCUUCUCCACAGAUGUAAUGAGGCAUUGAGGGCAGCCUCAAGAACAUCAGUCAAAACCACCGGGCCUAAGGCACUUCCGCUGGAUGAGGAUGUGAGGGCUAGCAGCGGGAAAUUAUCUUUCCUACAAAGACUGGUCAGGCUGACAAGCAACUUAAAGCUAUUCAAGAAGGGGAAGAAGAAGGAUUCCCACCGCUCUGAAUCAGAACAAGUACAGACCACUGCUGAAGAUGGCAUGCUGCCCAGCAUAGUGCCACAUGCUGCCAUGUCUGCACUACCAAAGGAUCUCCCCGCCAGCUCCCAACAGGAGACGCCGCACAAACGUCCACUUCUCGUCAGGAUGUUUUCUGCCAUCUCCAAAGGCCUGUUCAAGCCCUUCAAACAAUCCUUAAAGACCAAGUAACUUAAGACAAUUUAUUAAACGUCAUUCAUUGCAUUAAA